AUGUAUGCAGUGGAACUUUUGAAGCCUUCGUAUAAAUAGGGUCGAACGAUGAAUUCUUUGUUCUUCAAUCCCAGUCUCCUUUCGUAGAAUGAAGAUUUGGCUAGCUGUCGUUCUUCUAACCGCCGUUGUGUUAUCGACCGCGGCUCCAGCUAAAAAUGAAGCUAAAAUUUCUACUGAGGUCAUUAAAGCUGACGUUGAAGAUUCCACUCUAGCAUCCACUGAUAUCACCGAAACUGACGAAGAUUCCGAGGCUACCGAUACUCCAUUAAAAGCAACCACUGGAGAAAAGAAUGAACCUGAAAAAGAAAAAUCUGAGAAAAUGAAACAAAAGGACGAAGGAGAUUAUGGGAAAGAAGAAAACGAGGAAAAUGAAAAUGAAGAAAAUGAAAACGAAGAAAAUGAAAAUGAAGAAGAAGAUUCUGAUGAAGGAGAUUCAGAAGAAGAAGAUUCCGAAGAAUCUGAAGGAAAGAAAAGUUUUAAGAACAAAAUUAAAAAGGUUGAGUCCGAGGAAGAAAACCACGAAGGCAAGGCUGGUGCCGUUGAAAUCCCAACCCGGGCCAGACCAGUUGACUCACCUGUUGCCAUUCAGCCACAUCGGGCUUUCGACGUCCCUCGAUCCGGAUCGCGCAUGUCCAAGUCUGAAAGUUUUUUUAGCCCUGCAAAAUCUACCUAUGGAACAGCAGGAACACACAACCCAAGACCCGACAGCCCAAAAUCUUCGGCCGUUGAAUUCCCCUUUUGGCACACACCAGUUGUCCCAGCUAAGCCCUUAAAUGAAGAACGCCCAGUUUCUCCUUCAAUUAAAUUUCACCAAGCCGAAGAGCAUAAAACUAAACAUCCCAAGUGGUUUUUUAGUACCCCCAAAUCUAAACCUUCUGAUGACUCGUCUAGCAAGAAUGAGAACUCCAAACCCUUUGUUGCUGAAAGCACUAUCAACAAACCUGCUGAUGUUCAAGUGCCGGCCUGGCAAGUUACCAACACCAGGCCCGCUGUAAGAGGAUCGUACAAUCCUACUGUUUCGCAAUCGGAUCAUAGCAACUCGCAAUCCAAAUGGUUUUUUAAUACAGCUACAAAAUCCUCUGAUGAAUUUGGUAGGAAGGAAAGCAGGCAGUCUGCUGACAUUGAAAGAGUGACGCAUAAAUCAACUACCGUUCAAUCAGACCCAUGGUCUAAGCCUGUUAUCGCAUCUCCAUCGACGGUCCAAGUACCAGCUUACAAAGCUGCUGAUGUUUCUCAGCCAUCCACACGCAAGGUUUAUCCUAGAUGGUUUUUUAAUAUAAAAGAUUAAAGAUACAUUGAUUAUUUGGCACAACAGCGAGGUAAAAGUAAAACAAAUACACGCCUUAAUUAUUUUGCAA